GGACGCAUCUGGUGGGACUGUGAGACUCAGAAAACACGCAGCCAGAGCCGCAUCUGGGACCGCAGUCCUUUUAUAAUUUCAUUUAAUCUGAUCUUUUCUCUGGAUUAAGCUGCUCUCUGUCACCUUUGGUGAAUGCAUCAUUUUCAUCAACUGUUCUGCUGCGUCUCCUCGAGGCAACCCGAGCCUGCCUGCAGCUGAGCAGCAUGUCGACUCCUCGCUGAGGGUCAGAAGAUGAACACCUCCUCCUGCUGUGACCCUCCACUCAUCAUGUAUCAGCAGAGCUCGGGAUCUGACCUCAACGYCAGCUGUGACCCAUUGACCCCUCACUGUAACUGGGGCUCAGUGGACAGGGGUCCUCAGCUGCCCACCUUCUCCACGGCAGCCAAAGUCCGAGUGAUUGUCACCUUCAYCCUGUGCGGAGUCUCCACCCUCUGCAACCUGGCUGUGCUUUGGGCCACCAAAAGCCACAAGCGAAAGUCCCACGUCCGGGUGCUGAUAGUCAACCUGACCGCGGCAGACCUGCUGGUGACGUUCAUCGUGAUGCCGGUGGACGCCACGUGGAACAUCACGGUCCAGUGGCUGGCCGGAGACCUGGCCUGCAGGUUCCUGAUGUUCCUCAAGCUGCUGGCCAUGUACUCCUGCGCCUUUGUGACAGUGGUGAUAAGUCUGGACCGACAGUCGGCCAUCCUCAACCCUCUGACCAUCAGCAUGGCCCCGAAAAGGAACAGGAUUAUGCUGGCGGUGGCGUGGAUUAUGAGCGCCUUGCUCUCAGUCCCACAGAUGUUCAUUUUCCACAACGUCACCAUUACUUAUCCAGCAAACUUCACUCAGUGCACCACCCGGGGAAGCUUCGACUCUCACUGGAAGGAAACGGCCUACAACAUGUUCACAUUCUGCUGCCUCUUCCUGCUGCCGCUGGCCAUCAUGAUCAUCUGCUACACCAGGAUCUUCAUCCAGAUCUCCAAGCACAUGACAAAAAAGAGCUUGUCCUCAAACGAACCACAUCUCCGAUGCUCCAAGAACAACAUCCCAAAAGCUCGAAUGAAAACUCUGAAAAUGAGCAUGGUCAUAGUGAUCUCCUUCAUCGUGUGCUGGACUCCGUACUACCUGUUGGGUCUGUGGUACUGGUUCUUCCCUGACGACUUGGAAGGAAAAGUCUCCCACUCCCUCACCCACAUCCUGUUCAUCUUUGGGCUUUUCAACACCUGCCUGGAUCCAGUUAUCUACGGCCUCUUCACCAUCCCUUUCCAACGAGGGCUGAGGAGGUGCUACCUCAAAGCCACCGUAACGUCUGGCAGGGACACCAACGCAGAGACAGCUGAGUCCCUGAGGUGCGCUUCUGCUGCUUUACCCUCUGAGGGAGGGAUGGCUGUGUGUGGAAGGGACAAAAGCUGUGGACAGGCUGAGCUAAAACCCACUGACAGCAGCAUUUAACUGUUCAAUCACUGAAGAGGGCAGAAGUUCUUUCAGCACAGAAAACAAAUUAUAAUCUGGAGGGAUAGCAAGAAAGAUUAUAGAUUUAACACUGUUCAAAGACCUCCUUCAGUAAUACUUUCACAGCACUUCUUUCUGGGCAUUCUUCUUUUACAAA